AUUUACCUACAAAAAACACAAUGAAUCUAGAGAUUUCGAGCUAUAUAUAGCCUGUAUGGAUUAUAUAUCGCUCAAAUAAAAUAAAAUCGACUGAAUAAAACACAAAUUGUACAUAUAUGUAAAUAAUAUAUAUUGUAUAUGAUCCUACGAUCAUUUUAUUAAGAAAGAAAAAUCAUAAAUAACACGUUUCCUCCGUUUCCUCGAUGGGAAUGUAAUUUCAAUAUCGUCGUUUUGUCUUCAUUAUUACAAUUACAAAUAUCGUCGGUUCAAGUGGUAUCCACAGCUCACGGUUGCGUGCUUAUUUAUUUAUUUUAAAUAAAAAGCCAUAAUUUAUUUUACUUAAAAUUGAUUUUUUCACAUUUCGGGUGUAUAAAACAAUAUUUUGUAUUUCAAUUUGCCAAUUUACAUGCAGAAACGAUUCAAUUCAAUGAACAAAUGACUGAAAACUGAAGCGUGAGGAAACAAAUAAAAUAAAACGCAACCAACAUAUGUGGCGCAAGGUGACGUGUGACGUUUACAGAAUUGAUGCAGAUCUCUAUAUAAACACAACGAAUGUAUUAGCUCUUGACUACGAUUUCAAUAUUGACGUUGUUAUCGUUUCUCAAAUGGACAUACAGUACAUGUGGAAUCAUUCAACUAUAUGCAGUAUAUGGUAAAAUCAUCGUCACCAUGGAAAAUUGUUUAUGAUUAAACAAUAACAAAUCGAAACAGUGUUGGAAUUCAAUCGAUCGAACAAUCGAGUCGCUUUGAAAUGUUAACGAAAAAGGAGAAAAUUUUAAUACAACCAUUUAUUGAACAAAAUUAUAAGAAACAUCGCCGUAAGGUUCAAAGUGCACAAGCGGCCGUUGAUGUUCGUCGUCCCACUGAACAUCCUCAUGUUUUGGUCAAAUUAAAGAAAAUCCAGAAAGAACGUGAGCGAAUGCAAGAGAUUGAGCGUGAAAAUCAGCGUCUUUUGCAAAAACUCAGCCAAAUUAUGAUAACUAAUCGUGUGGAAAACUUUUGGAAAGAACCGCAUCCGAGAUUUUUAAAUCGGGUAUUCAUCAAACAGCGUGCACAAUCAGUUCCAGCGAGAAAAAUUUCGAUUCCAGACAAUACUGAAGAUAGUAUGCCACCUUCAGUAAAAAGUCGAGGCAGUGCCAGAUGUCCGACGUGUAGCGGAAAGCCUGUUAUAUCAACAGUGAAAAUCCCCGAAGAGCGUGUACCAUAUGCACCACCGCGAAAAUCAUGGAAUUAUAAAUUGCUAAAUGACACAUCCAAACCACAUCGAUGUUGUAAAUUCUGUUGUUAAGGCAAAUGUUCAUUCAAAUAAAACAUCCUUUUCUCAA